ACGUGACCAAUUCAGACUUGGUCAGACCCUGAAAAGGAUGUUCCUGCUCCUGAUCUUCCUGGUGGCUGUCUUACCAGUCAACACUGAAGGAGAGAAGAUUAUUGAUGGUGUUGAGGCUAAACCACACUCCCGCCCUUACAUGGCCUAUCUGCAGAUCAUCACUGACAAUGGUUUGCUGGACAGCUGUGGUGGGUUUCUCAUAACCCGCCAAUUUGUGAUGACUGCUGCACACUGUAAAGGAAGAGAAAUCACUGUCACCCUUGGAGCUCAUGAUGUGAGUAAGAGAGAAUCCACACAGCAGAAGAUAAAAGUUGAAAAUCAAAUCGUUCACCCAAAAUACAACUUCCAAUCCAAACUCCAUGACAUCAUGUUACUGAAGCUUGAAAACAAAGCAGAGUUGACUCCUGCUGUAGAUGUAAUUCCCCUGCCUGGUCCUUCUGACUUUAUGAAGCCUAGGAAGAUGUGCUGGGCAGCUGGCUGGGGGAGAACUGGAGUGAAUAAACCUCUGUCAGAUACACUGAGGGAGGUGAAACUGAGAACCAUGUAUAAAGAGACCUGUAAAUACUAUCCAAAUUAUAACUAUAGCCUCCAGCUCUGUGUAGGCAGUCCCUCAACAUUAAAAUCUGUAUACAAGGGAGACUCUGGGGGACCUCUAGUGUGUGCUGGUGUGGCUCAUGGUAUUGUAUCUUAUGGAGGUCUACAUGCAAAGCCCCCUGCAGUCUUCACCCGAAUCUCCUCAUAUGUGUACUGGAUUAAAACUGUCUUAAAGGGCAAGUAGCUGAAAAGCCUGACCUGCAUGUGUCAGAGUCUCCAAGAGAGAGGUCAUCUGGCACCUAUUGAGUUCAACACACCCUGUCUCCAGCCUAUCUUCAAGACAAUCUCAAAGACACACAAGUCUGUGAUGUUUGAUUUUUCCCUGUAAUGCACCUCAAUAAAGAAAUAACCUCAUGCACCUGAA